ACGACAAGGCGUAAGUGCCCCUCCCCCACGUUAAUCUCGAUCUUCAAAUGCUCUAGAAAACGUGUGCAGUGAUUCAGAAGCGAACCAGGAACCAGGUUUACACAUAUAUCAUCAAUUCAUAGAUAUCAUCAUCAUCAACAACAACAAAAACCCAAAUUACAUGUUACAAUCCGACCCAUUUUUGUGAAUUAGUAAAGGGGUUUGGAUGUACUUUGAUUGAUUGAUUAGAUGGGUGCUGCCGGCUCUAAACUCGAGAAAGCUCUCGGCGACCAGUUUCCAGAAGGCGAGAGGUAUUUUGGGCUCGAGAAUUUCGGCAAUACCUGCUACUGCAACAGCGUUUUGCAGGCUCUUUAUUUCUGUGUGCCAUUUCGUGAGCAGCUGCUUGAAUACUAUGCAAAUAACAAGAAUCCUGCAGAUGCAGAAGAAAAUCUCUUGACCUGCUUGGCAGAUUUAUUCACACAGAUAAGUUCACAGAAGAAGAAAACGGGAGUCAUUGCUCCAAAGCGCUUUGUGCAGCGGCUUAAGAAACAGAAUGAACUUUUUCGGAGCUACAUGCACCAGGAUGCCCAUGAAUUUCUGAACUUUUUGUUGAAUGAGCUCGUCGACAUAUUGGAGAAAGAAGCACUAGCUACGAAAAGCGCUCAAGAAAUACCUCGAACUGACAGAGUUACUAAUGGAUCGCUAACUGCACUAAAAAAUGAUCCUCAAAAAGAGCCUUUAGUCACAUGGGUACACAAAAGUUUCCAGGGUAUACUGACAAAUGAAACGAGGUGCCUGCGAUGUGAGACUGUCACAGCUAGAGAUGAAACCUUUCUGGAUCUGAGUCUCGACAUUGAACAGAACAGUUCAAUCACUAGCUGUUUGAAAAACUUCAGCUCUACAGAAACUUUGAAUGCUGAAGAUAAGUUUUUCUGCGACAAAUGCUGCAGUUUGCAGGAAGCACAGAAGAGAAUGAAGAUAAAGAAACCGCCUCAGAUACUGGUGAUCCAUCUGAAGAGAUUCAAGUACAUUGAGCAGUUAGGGCGGUACAAGAAAUUGUCAUACAGAGUGGUGUUCCCUCACGAGCUAAAGCUGAGCAAUACAGUGGAAGAUGCGGACUCAGAGUAUUCGUUAUUUGCAGUAGUUGUUCAUGUAGGGAGUGGGCCCAACCACGGGCAUUACGUGAGUCUUGUGAAAAGCCACAACCAUUGGCUAUUCUUUGACGACGAAAACGUUGAAAUGAUUGAUGAAUCUGCAGUGCAGACGUUCUUUGGGUCUACUCAAGAGUAUUCUAGUAAUACUGAUCAUGGAUACAUACUGUUCUAUGAGAGGAUCACUCCACCACCACCAGCAACAGCAUCAACAGCUGAGUGAGAAUGAAAAUGAAAGUUCUAAUUUGACAUUUUGAGCAUAGGAGAGAACAAAAAAAAGAUAAUAUGAUGAUAAUCCCCCCUCCUUAUUUUUGAAUGCUCCUUUAUUUUUGUUAUUGUUUUGAUUUUGAUUUUGAUUUUGAUUUCUUCUUGUAUUGUUGUAAUGAAUGGAGGAUGCUUGACAGAGAUAAUAGAGCAUUUGUAUACUUGGCUAGCUAGUUUAAUUGGAGAUCUUUUCUUUCUCAAACCAUUAUAAAAUGAAAACAAAUUUAAGGAAUUCAUGCAAUAAUGCCUAUUUUAAUUCCUAAUA